AUGUCGAAGCAACUAUGGGAGGCACCCACGUCCUUUGACUUCUUUCAGGUCUGGAAGGAAAAGCCACAGCAUGUCAUCGAGGGAUUCAACAUGGAAGGCUUUCUAAAAGCAGGGAGCGGCGCCGACGUGGACGAGUUUGGGAGGCUUCUCCUGGUGGAGUUCAUGGGGAUCGAUGACACGAAGCAGUGGUUUGCGGAUACAGGGACAAAACAGGUCGGCCCAAUGCUUAUCGGAGAUGUAGUUUCCAUGAGCACGUUUUACUUUUCGGAGUUCGGUUAG